AACCCAUGCAACUAUUGGAAUCAUACAAAAAUACAAAUCGUAAAUAGCUGAAAAUGACUUGAGAGAACAGAGAACCAAAUACCCAUCCCGUCUGCUCACCCUUCUCCGAAGAAGGGUCACAGACAACAUCCGCAAGAGUCGAUAGAUUGGAGCAAUUCCUGCGUGAAAUCAAAAAUGCCGUCAUCGUCUUCGACUCCUGCCUUCUCGACAUUUCGAAUGGGCGCCAUUUUGAGGUCGAUAAGAAUGGCCCCAGAGAGAGUUCCGAAGUUGCAGAAGAAGCACUGGCUCUUCUUGAUUCUGUCAGCCUCUGGACUGGCCACUGCACUCCUGUUUUAUUUGUACCGCAGACGACGUUCACUUGCACUUCAGUCCAGGUCAAAAUCAGCAGCUCCGACUGCCGGAGGGAGGAGACCAGUUGGCCACGUGGAUCCCCGACGUCCCUCCACUUCUUCGGUCGCAUCGGGAGGUAGAAGGCUUGUGAGUAACGAGGAGAGACACCAACAUCACCGAGCUAGGAGGGAGAGAAGCAGGAUAUCGAGAGCGAGCAGCAUCGAUAGGAUGUCCGUGUCAUCCGCUCGUUCUAAUCGGACGGCGGUGGAAGACUCAGUGCAACUUCUUGGGGAGCUGAACAUGAGUCAUUACAGUGAAGUUUUGACCACUUUCCAAGCCGAUUUGGAGUCGGCACUCUUCCAAUAUGCUAACAGGAAACAACAUGCACCCUCAACAGGAUUCUCCAACCUGAACAAACUUGCACCCAGUGGUACUCUAGGGUCCGACGAUGUCAACCACAGAGGCGAGAGCGGUUCAGCCGGGGUCAAUAGACCACAGUUAGGAUCGACACCUGUGAACAGCAAAGAACUUAUUUCGAAAUUGCAGAAACUGCUGGACUUGGCGAGUGAAUUGCACCAGAAGAACGAACUAGAUAGGAGUCGAGAUUCAAUUCAAGAUGGCGCCAUAAUAGAGGAAGACCCGAUUGAGGAAACAUUGGCGCAAUUAGGGUUGAGGUCUACUUCCUACCAUGACAACGGACUAGACAGUGAAUUGGACGACGACAAUUCUUCAACACUCUCUUUCAGAUCAGUGGACCAAGACUUCCCGACGUCCCCGUUUGGCUCGGAUGCAGAGAACGCAGACAGAGGUCAGCAAAGUACAGCGAGUGCCUCCAACACUUUCAGCAGAUUACCCAACAGCCUCAUCAGCAAAAUACCCUUCAUGAAUGGAGGACCAUCCACAUCAGCCACAAACACAAAAAUGACACGGACCACGACUGCUAACAAGUCUUCUAUGGGAUCUUUCGGUGGACAUGACGAGUCGAGUCACAAAGCAAAUGGAACUACAAGCUCGCCAAACCCCUUCCCCGUUCAUCAAUCGCAGUCUCACAGAUCAACUGGUGCUUCAUAUUCGGUGGUAGAUGACCAGUAUUUGGUGUCUUCACAAUCGAACAACACGUCACGCAGGCUUUCUUCUGGUCAACAGCAGCACUCUGUGUCACAUCAGAAUGGUCACGUGACAAUGGGGAUGGGAAUGGCUGCUGCUAGUGGCCAAAUGGGCCCAUCAGCUGAACUGAGGAACAGUGUGACCACGAACUACACAGAUCCAUCCACUAAUACAACACUCUCAUCCUACCACUCAGCUGAUUUCGACGAUGACAAUGAGUGGUUCAACACCUAUGCCAUCGCGAGUCCCCUCUCGGGUCCCUUUUUGUCUGCGAUUGGGAGUCCGACAAACGAAGUGGCCUCCUCACACUUGUUGCUCUAUGAACAGGGUCUCAAUGCAGUCAAUGACGACGCCGUCCCCUGCAGGGUGCUAAGAGCCGAACUACUCAAUCUGGGUUCUGACUCUGAAUUCUUGGCCAAGCUGUUCGGAAUUCGAAAGUCUCUCAGUCUGAUCCUUGCUGAACCCUCGAACCGUGAUUUUCUCAAAGGGGCCGGUAGACGUCUGGUGUCUGACUUUCUGAUGUGCUGCAACCACUCUCCGGCAGAGUUCCAGACUGCAUUCGAUGAGAUCAUCCGAUUCUGUGAUGAAGAACAGAACUGGCCCACUAUUGAGGAUGAACUUUCUCAUCGAGGGGUAGUGGACAUGAACUUCUUCGACAUCGUGAUCGACUUCAUCUUCUUGGAUGCAUUCGAUGACCUGGAGAGUCCCCCCUCCUCCAUUGUGAAUGUGCUGCAGAACAGGUGGCUGUCACAGUCGUUCAAGGAAACGGCCCUUCGCACAGCUGUGUGGUCUGUCCUGAAAGCGAAGCGGUCGCGACUGAGAUAUACGGAUGGGUUCAUCAACCGCUUCUAUUCUGUAUCCGAAGUGAUGUCACCGCUCUUCGCAUACGGGUUUCUGGGGCCACCGGGAGACCUGCAGGACCUUUGUCUCUUCUUCAAGAGUGAGAUUCUGGACUUCGUACGCAAGAUGUUUGACCAAUCACUAUGUAGAUACACGAGCCAAUCGGAACUAGCUGAGGACCUACUGGCACUGGCGAGGAACAAAAUAGCAAUUGUCACUCAACGCUUUAGCGAAAUUCUGCCUGCCACAACUUGAAACUAAUCACUAGAGCUACUAAAUAGGCAUUAACUUAUAAAAAUCCACAUUAAAAAAACUUCGAAUCAAAAAUAUUUUAACAUCGUGUAGUUGUUGCACUACUCAAGACUGAGAAAAGGCUGUUGUUUUCCGAUAUUUGCAGUAUUAUAGUUUUAAAAUAUAUUCUUUGUAACUUUU